AUGGGCGGGUAUGCCACGCGCAUGUUCGUGUAUGAGGUGACAGAGGCGGAUCUGGAGAUGAGCCAGGUGCUGCGCGUGGACGUGAUCGCCAGCGGGCCCGUUGUCCUGUACGCGCGCCACAAGCAGCAGCCAUCGUACACCUCAAGCAAGUCCGUGCACGGCAAGUGCAUUGGCAACCACAUGCACCGGCUGUGUAUUGGUCUUGAUGGCGAGCGCGGAUCGGCACUCAAGCCGGGGCCAUGGUACAUUGUAGUCGCCAGCAACACCCUGUUCAAGUGGGUGGAGGUGAAGGUGGCAGCGUCACUCCACACGCGCGACGACGCGGACGAACCGAACGUGGCGCUGCUUGGCCGUCUCUCCCUCUCCCAAUCCAACGAGGGUGCACAGGGUGGCGAGGGUGCACAGGGUGGCGACAACAGCGAUGACAGUAAAGACAGGAAGACGGAUAAGAUGCAACCACAGCAACAGCAGCAGUGGAAGCCGGAGGCACGGGUGGUUGCACGCACAUCUGAAUCAGCAACAACAGCGGGUAUGACAGCCGCCACGCGUGCACCGUGUCCCGACUACGCACAUGCGUGCAACCCACAGGACGAUGAGAAGCGUGCAGGUGUUGCCCCUGACGGCGAUGGCGACGACUGGGAAGUCGUUGAUGUGGAGGUGCCCGCGCACGUCCCGAAACCGCACACACUCGCACGGUCCCGAGGAGGCACGCUGUCUCGUGUUGGCGACAGCGACUUGAUUGAGGACGAGCUGGACCGCCUUGUCGACGAAACGCUGUCGUGCACAACACACGCGGCACUGACUGCACUGCAUCCCCGCUUCCGCGCGCUCAUCGCCAGCGCCCACUUGAAGGACGACGCCAAGCUGUUUCUCGAGUCGUUCUGGCAGCACCACAGCACACGCCUGGCACCGCCAGCGACACCCAACGAGGCGCCGCCAGCAUAUGCGGCGGACGACGAUGAGGGCGAUGGCCACGAUCUCCCAGCGUACACGCCACACACGGCGCACGCAACCGCACCGCCACUCCACCAGUAGCACCAGCCUUUGCUCUGUUCAUUGUGUGCGUGUGUGUGCGUGCGUGUGUGUGUGUGUGUGUG